GGAGCCUAAUUUUGGGACGGUUGGGCAGAUCUGUACGACGCUGCAAUGCUGCCGCAGGGAGGACGCUCUGCUGCUCACGCUGCACUUUUAUUCUUCGUUUAUGUCCUGGAGGCAACUUUUGUGCUCGGCUUUAACCUGGACACCGAUCAUGUCCUCAGGAAAGACGGAGAGCCUGGGAGCCUGUUCGGCUUUUCUCUGGCCAUGCACCGGCAGCUCAACCCGGACAAAGUCAUGGUACUGAUUGGUGCACCCAGAGCCCGGUCUUUGCAAAACCAAAAAGCCAAUAUCACUGGAGGCCUGUAUAAAUGUGAAGUCACCCAGUCUAGUAAUUGUGAGCGUAUCAAAUUUGAUGAUAAUGCGGAUCUGAGACUUGAGAAUAAAGAGAAUCAGUGGAUGGGGGUGUCAGUGAAGAGUCAGGGACCUGGGGGGAAGAUUGUGACAUGUGCUCAUCGCUAUCAGAGGCGUUUGAAUGUGAAUACUCCAGAGGAGACUCAUCACAUCCCCGGACGUUGUUAUAUUCUGAGUCAGGACCUAACCAUUGACCCUCAGUCUUCUGAGGAUGGAGGUGAAUGGAAAUUCUGCGAUGGCAGACCUGAAGGCCACGCAAUGUUUGGAACAUGCCAGCAAGGACUGGCAGCUACUUUCACCAAUGACUACCAUUACAUGGUUUUUGGAGCAGUGGGAGCUUACAACUGGAGAGGGAUAGCGCGACUGGAGCAGAAUAACAGUACUUUUCUGGACAUGGGAAUAUUUGAUGACGGCCCAUAUGAAGUUGGGAAUGAAAAAGUCAGGAACCCUGAUUUUGUGCCUGUACCUGCAAACAGCUACCUCGGAUUCUCCCUUGAUUCGGGACACCACAUCACCACUAGGGGUAAGCUGACAGUGGUGGCUGGAGCGCCCAGGGCCAAUCACAGCGGAGCUGUAGUCCUGUUCAAGCAGGACAUGGUAGCAGGAAACCUCUCAACGGAGUACAUUCUGCAUGGUCCGGGUCUGGGAUCCUGCUUUGGAUACGACGUGGCUGUAGUGGACCUGAAUAACGAUGGGUGGCAAGACAUAGUAAUAGGAGCCCCUCAGUUCUACAUGAAGGGUGAAGACAUUGGGGGAGCUGUUUAUGUUUACAUCAACAAUGCAGGAGUUUGGGAAGGAAACACUCCUGUCCGUCUAAUAGGGACCAAAGACUCGAUGUUUGGCGUGGCAGUAGAGAACAUCGGCGACAUCAAUCAAGACUCAUAUAAAGACAUUGCGAUUGGAGCUCCGCAGGAAGAUUCUGGGACAGGAAAAGUCUACAUUUAUCACGGCUCUGCACAGGGGAUCAAAACGACCCCUGCACAGAUCCUUUCAGGGAAAGACCACAACAUUCGAUUUUUCGGCUAUUCUCUUGCAGGAAACAUGGACCUGGAUGGUAACUCUUAUCCAGACUUGGCUAUAGGCUCUCUGUCAGAUUCAGCUAUGAUUUACAGAACAAGGCCAGUCAUUAGCCUCAACAGUGUUGUCAAAGUGUCUCCAAAUGAAAUAAGUCUUACAAAUAAGACGUGUGGGGACCAUGUUUGUUUCACUGUGAUGGCAUGCUUUUCCUACAAAGCUAAUCCUGCAUCUUAUAAUCCAAAGCUUACUGUUAGCUAUUCUGUGGAGGUGGACAGAGCUCACAGGAGAGGACUGACUUCCAGAGCGAUGUUCUUAAACGACUCCAGCUCUGAACUAGAAUACCAGUUCAACGGCACCUUAAAACUCAAAGAGCAAAAUCAGCAAAAGUGUAUCAAACUAAUAGCCAGACUUAAGGAUAACAUCAAGGACAAGAUGCGUAGCAUUCCCAUUGAGGUGUCGGCAGAUAUAAGUACAAAACAAGAGGAAUCAAUUAAUGGCCUCCCUCGCAUGAUUCCCAUUUUAGACGCCACUCAACCGAGCAAAAUCAUUUCUGAGGUGAACUUUCUAAAAGAAGGAUGUGGAAGCGAUCAUAUUUGCAAAAGUAACCUAAAGAUGAAUUAUAGUCUACACUACAAAGAAGCCAACAAAGAGGAGUACCCCCCGUUAAAUAAGAGCAAGAACGGCAUCCCAGAGUUUAUUGUGAAAUCCCAGAGGAAGGACUUGGCUGUGUUGGUGACAGUAAGCAACAUGAAUGGUGACGAUGCUUAUGAGGCAAAGCUGGUGGGGACCUUCCCAAAUACCAUGUCAUAUUCUGGAGUCCGCACCGAUCAAACAACAAUGGAAAACCUGAUCACCUGUGAUGCAAAUGUAAACAGCUCUCAAGCAGAAUGUGAGCUGGGAAAUCCUUUUAAGAGAAACUCAAAGGUUACCUUUAAAGUCAUCCUGAGUGCUGCGCAUGUGACUUUAGACACCACUGAGAUUGAGAUCGACCUGCAGCUGAAUACGACCAGCUACCAAGAAGCAAUCCAUGUAAAAGUAAAGUGUAAAGUGAUCAUUGAAUGGCCUUUGUCUGUCUCUGGGGAAGCUAAUCCUACCCAGGUGUUUUUUGGAGGUGUUGUGAGAGGAGAAAGUGCAAUGAAGUCAGAAGAAGAAAUUGGAAGUUCGAUUAACUUUACUUUCACUAUAAACAACUCGUGGAAGCACUUGAAACCUUCUUUCGAAACCUCACUAAACAUUUUUUGGCCCAAAAUUCAAAAAAAUGGGAAAUGGCUUCUGUACCUGAUGAGCAUCACUUCUGAAGGACCAGAGAAAAUCCAUUGCUCCCCUAAAACUGAGAUCAACCCUCUGAAUAUUGCUCAGCAGUCCUCUGUGCAUCGAACAAAACGAGAAAUUAUGAAAGAAGAAAGAAAAACUGGUGGAAAAACGUCUUCGCUGAAGGACAAGAAGAGAGUUUUUUCCUGUGAAGAUGGGAUGGAAAAAUGUGUGGUGUUCAAGUGCCCCCUGCAGGGGCUCGAUGGUACAGUAGUCGUAUUGAGAUCCCGUCUGUGGAACUCAACCUUUAUUGAGGAGUAUGCCCCUAGUUCAACCUUGUCAGUAAAAGCCACACUUGAAUUUGAUACUCAGAGGGAAAACGUCAUACUGACCAAUCAAAACACAAAUGUGAAUGUGAACGUGUCUCCUGACGAUGAAGCAGCUAAGUAUCAGGGAGGAGUUCCCUGGUGGAUCAUCCUGGUGGCAGUUCUCAUAGGACUCUUGAUUUUGAUUCUACUGGUUUAUCUGCUGUGGAAGUGUGGAUUCUUCAAACGCUCCAAAGAAAACGACAGCGUCCCUCGUUACCACGCAGUGCGGAUAAGAAAGGAAACUCUUGAGCACAAAGAUGGAAAAGUGAAACACGAUCCUUUUGAAAAAAAGCAGUGGAUGACGACUUGGAUCGACAAUGAAAGUUACUCAUGACCUUUUUCUGCUCAGAUGUUUGAACAAAGACAAAACUGAUCUUAAUUAAUAAUUUCAUUAACAUGUUGCUCAGAUAUAGUUUUUUUUUAUUGCUAAAUGCAGAUAAUGCUUUUUACACUGUAUAGCCUAUGAACUAUUUUUUCUAAUCGUUGUAUAUAUUUGAAUAUGUCUGCGCAUUUUAUAUUUAUACUUUUUUUUUGUUGAAAAAAAGAAAUCAAAUCAAGCAACCAAAGUUUUAUUCACUCAUGUCUGAAGCCAAAUAACAAUGGGCAAAGUUUACUGCUGUUUUUAAAGUUGUACUGUCUCACUGGAAGGCAAGGCAAGGCAAGGCAAGUUU